CCUCUUCGGCACGUAGUCAAGGAAAUAUGGCAAUGUUCAACUUCGUGUGGUUGCUGGCAGUAACGCUGUUUGCAGGCCAGGAAGGUGAAGCAAUACCCGCAAGUCUUUGCUCUGCUCAGAAGAAGGUGUUUCCGAAUUUUGUAAAUCGAUGGCCGACUUUCAAUAAGGGUUCGAACCCUACUGAUGACACAGUCCUAUCCGGUGUAUACUCCACACCUGACCAGAGCCAUCUUCUGCACUACCCUCCCGGGGUGAACAAAUGUGGGGCUGAAUAUUCCAUCUGGAGGAAAUCAUAUUCUGACGGCAUAUCGGUGAUGUGUGUCCAAAGUGAAGAAAAUGAGUGCUUCGAGAGUUUUCGGAUCGAGUCAGAAAUUUGCGGCUACGCUUACGAAGUGUACAACAUUACAACUAAUAUUCGCGGAAGUGCCUUCUGUCUUCAGCCCAAUUUCUGUCGCGUGAAUCCGUGUGCCGAUGGGGUGGAGUGCCGAAAUGGCCGAGAUGGAUUUAUGUGUGAUUGUGAUUGGUUUGAGCGUGGACCAUUCUGCAAUGGAGAUCCUUGCGAAAACUAUAGACAAUUACCCGAUAUGGACAAGCGGGUAGUGAAUUACACUGAUUAUUUCACGGAUGAUUAUCUCCAAAAUGGGUGGUACGUUGCUCCACCAGGAAUGGAAACUUUAACCACAAAGCCAGCCUCUACCCCUGCUUGUGGAUCCCACAACCCACUUUUUAGCGGAGGAAGAAGUGAAUACGUUGAGCUGAUGUGUACGACUGUUGGUCCAGAGCACUGCAAUUCGCCAUUAUUUGUACUAAGAUACCAGUGUCCAGGUCCAAUGAUAUUCGGAGUCUUCCAUAAAGAAAUGGCCGCAACAUUCUGCUUUGAGUGCCGACCGGAGUUUGUGGAUCUGCUCAUCAUGCUGGACUUAUCGUCUUCGGUUGUCAAAGAAGAUUAUGACACAGUUAUGGAGUUCGUUCAGAAUAUCAUCAAUAGAACUACAAUAAGCAAUACAACUAACCAAGUCGCCCUGAUAUCAUUCGGAAGAACAACCCAAGUUGAUUUCACUUUGAAUAAGUAUGACAGCGUCCGAGGGGUCUUGGCGGGCAUAGGCUCUGAGAAACGUCUUGGCGGAGGAACACAUAUGGCAGAUUCUUUCAAACUGGCCCAACAAACCAUCUUCAAGGAAGCCAACGGCGACCGUCCUGGAUUUAAAAACAGGGUUCUGUUCAUCAGCGAUGGUCGAGUCAAGGAUACUGACCUUGCAAUGAAAUAUGCGAGGAAGGUACAUGCAGUAGCCGAGGUAUAUGGAGUUGGCGUGACGGAUUCGUUGAAUACACGGUUCUUCUAUGAAUUUGUAUCUCAACCGGCGUCUGGCCACGCCAUGCACAUGUCACCUCAAGCGACAGGGCUGGUAGAGAGUUUUAUCCUCACUAACCCCGAAUGCUACAGGGAAUAAUCAGGAUGUCGAUACAAAGCUUUCUUCUGUAAUUGGCCUAGAAGAAAUAAAGCAUCUAGCAUACCA